GUGGCUGUGCCGAUUGGUCGCUCACCAGCACAGUCAGUCAGGGCUUGUUUUAACAUAACCAGGGGCAUUCGGCAGCAAGCAAACAAUCAUGUAUUCAAAAUGAAUCUGGGGCUGAUUGAAGCUUGCGUGAAGGACAUUUACUUUUGCAACAUAUAGACACUUCGCUGAAAUGAGAGGCAUCUCGAGAAUUUUGUCACUGGAUGAUUUUUUUUAUUUUUGAAGGGACCGCCGCCGAUGAGGCGAGAGGGGAAAGAAUGAGUGCCGAGCCUGGGCCUACUAGAGUUGGUACUGGGAUUUUGCAGAUCCGCUUUCACAAAUUGAAAAAAACAAACGCUACAUAUCGUAAUUUGAAAUGCUCUCGAGUGGUUUUGUUGUGACCGACCCUUAAAUGGAUGGAGUCAUGACAACAUGAAUCAAUCCUGUAAAGUGGCAGUGAGGGAUGGCUCUCCCUGUCAUUCCACCUCGCAGGAACUCCACACCUCGGGUGGACACUUCAAGAGUGGGACAGGCCGCUCACCUGCUGUGCUGUCGAAGACGGCCUUCAAGCAGACGUCGCAGUAUCCAUACAAUCAGCAGAAAAACCCUUCCUCCUGCUACAGUCCUCUGAGACGCCUACAGGACCUCACAACCAUGGUGAACAGGCCUGACCUGAGUUUGCAGGAAAAGGACUUCCAUGGCCGCAAUCACUUGCACAGGCACAGUCCCUUGGGUGCCACUGACUUUGGGAGCGGACUCGUUCACUCACCCCUGUCUCCCAGUAACAGUGAUACAAAUCCACGGGAGCUGGAUAAGAAUGGUUUUUCACCUCUAAGCUCGGACAGCUUAGAACACUCUCCCCCUAUUCCAAAUGGCUACUUGCAUUUCGAGUCUACCUUAUUUGACAGCAAGGAUGAAGACGACGAAGAUGAUGAUGACUAUGAGCAAAGCAACGGUGAAGUCAGCGUGGUGUCGCUGUCCAACAAGUGUAAAAAAAGAGACUUCCCUGAAGUGUGCUAUAGCUCAAGCACAUACAAACACGAACCUGUUGUGUCCAGUCUGGUCCCUAAAAACAUACCUGAACCGGACCCUGCUAUAAUGUCCCAUGGCCUUGAUGAUGUCAACAUGGUGGAUUUGGACAGUAUGGAUGAGUUCUCUGACAGUGACUGUGACCUGCCCAGUACUGAGAACAUGGCAUCCUGGGUCGGGUCAUCUCAGUUCUCGCCCAAUGGUUCCUAUUCAAACUCAAGUAGUCCGAAGAAGAAGCCGCUGCCUGGAAUAAAGUAUGUUGAGGGUGACGUUGUUUGGGCCAAGUUCAACCGGAGACCCUGGUGGCCCUGCCAAGUAACCUGUGACUCCCCGAACGGAAUCCACACACGAAUGAAAGAACCCAGCCGGCGGCCCUGCCGGCUCUAUUUCCUCAAGACUUUCGGAGAGGUUGUGGACAGGGCCUGGGUCCCCGGCAAAGCCACGUAUCCCUUUGAGGGGGGGCAUCAGUUUGAGAAUCUCCCAGUGCUCAGACGAAGAGGGAGGCAGAAGGAGAAAGACUACAAAUACACGAUACCCAAACGCCUCAUGGACUCGUGGAAAGCCAGCGUGAGGGAAGCUGAGGCCCACCUCCCGGCGGCCCCGAAGAACGGCUUGCUCGCGACCUCCGCGUGGGAGAGGGACGUCUCCACGCCUGUGGCGGACGAGAGGGCGUCGGACUCGCCCUCCUGCUCCGCGGUUUUCCCCGCGGCCUCCCCUCUAAGCCCCCUGUUCUCCAACGGAAAUGACCAACCCAUGAGGAGCCCGCCGCUGGCGAGAGAAAGCAGGAAAAAAACUCCCAGUAAAAAGAAAAUUGCCACGUUGUAUAAAUCCUUUACCAACAUCAAGGAAACGCCGAAGACGUUGUCGAGCUGCACAGAGGACAAAACGGAGGUCUUUGAUAAUCCCACGGUGUCAGAUUUGCCCAAGAAAGAUAGCAGAGAUUGUUAUUUUGAUAUCGAUACAGUACCCAAAAUUCUAUGCCCCAAACGCUCUGAGGAAGAGCAGCAGCAGCAGCAGCAGCAGCCGGUGGCCAAGAAGGUUCUGGGGAAAGACGUGAAGCCGGUGACCCCCAUAGCGAAAAAGACGGGCAAAGACAAGCGAGAGAGGAACUCCAAGAGUAUAUCGUCCGUCGUGGCAGACUUGGCCAUCAAACAGCUGGCCAACAAGGAGCGCGCGGCGAACCUGGCGCUCCAGAAGAAGAAGGUGAGCAACGCGUCGUCCGGUUCCCCGGACAGCGUGGUGAACCUGCACUCGCACCACCUGCCGGCCAGCAGCGGCCUGAUGACGCGAGCGCUGCGGGCCAGCGAGGAGAGCGAGGAGGCGCGGUCCGCCCUGGCGGAGGAGGGCCUCUCGCCCCAUCAGGACCUGGCGGACAUCUUGGAGCGGCGCUGGCAGUCCAAGCUGGUGCCCGACGCCGACUCCGAGUCGGCCCGCUUGACCUUCUCCCCGCCCGCCCGCAGCCCUCCGACGUCCCCGUUCCGCAAGUUCGCGAGCGGCAAGCCGGACAAGAACCACGUCUGCAACGGAGCCGUGGUCAAGUCGGAUGCCUCCACUGACCAUCUCUCUGUGGGCUCCGUUCAAGUGAAGCAGGAGAGCGUCAUGUCAGACAUAUCCUCCACCUCCUUCCCAUCCCCAUGCCUGUCGCCCUCGGAGUCCCCGGUGGACGGCAGAGACCUGUCGGUCAAGUCGCCGCCGAAGGAUGAGGGCGAGUCGGGCAAGUCUUCCGGUUACCACUUCAGCACCUUCCUGAUGCUACUGAAGGACCUGCACGACACUAGAGAGAAGGAGGGCAAGCCGCUCACCUUGCCGGCGCCUCCCUCGUCCUCGCUCAUCAAGGAGGAGCCGUCCCUCAUCCCCGGGGCGUCGGACGAGCCGUCGGAGGGCGGCCUCCGCGAGACGGCGGACUCCUCGACCUCCUCCUCCACCGUCGCCGCCGCCACGCACGGGACCAAAGCGCAGAACGGCAAGUGCGUGAAGUCGCCGCCGACGCCAAAGGCCUCCCACGCCAGACCUAGCAAGACAAAGUCGAAGGCCGGCACGAAAAAGGACGCGCCGCGAAAUGAAGGAAAGAAUGUUCCGGCGGCGUCCCACACAGCACUCUUUAGCAAAACACUGAACACACAGAAGCAACAGCAGCAGCAGCAGCAGCACUCGUCCACGGCGGAUUUGGAUGCACUUGAAAUGGGAUUGCCACCUCCGGAGGACCUCCCCAGUUCCUACACUUUCCCCAAAUUCGCUCCCAAGAAGCGGUGGCAGACGUUCGAAUCGGGCACCACCGGGGAUGGUGCCAAGUUCAAGGAGGGUGAUCAGGGUCAUUCGGCACAGCAAAACUCCGCAAAAGUGCCCUCAGAGUUUAAUGGACUCUUCAAAGACAGCCACCAUAGCAACCAAGACACAGAUGUGGGUGAAAAGAAAGAAGGCUCAGAACACAACAAGAGGCUCCGGAAACCCAGUAAACGACUUCUGGAGUGGAACGAGGAUUAUGAACAGAUUUUCUGCCCAAAGAAGAAAACAAAGAAAACCUUAGAGACACUUAGAUUGGGAAUUGGCUCAAGCGACACAAGUGGAGGGUCCCCAGAAGAGGUUACUCCUCAACACCCACGGCCAGCAGGAGACAAACAGAUGUCCCCGGAUGGAGAGAAGUCUAAGACUUCCUCUGCAUCUGAACAUUACCACCAUCAUCAUCAUCAUCAUCAUCAUCAUCCUCCUUCUUCCCCUCCUCAUCUUCAACCUGUUCAUCAGCAACACCAGCCAGCCGACGGAACAGUCUCGGGCGUGGACUCCUCAAACCCUCCUCAGGAGGCUCCAUCACUCAGCAUAGCAGAAGGAGAUACUCCGGGGCACGCAGACACAUCUUUCUCAGAAAGAAAGAGACCAAGGAAGCCUUCUCACAAAGUUCUAGAAUGCGUCAUUGAGGAGGAGCUCAACAGAAACCUGAAGAAGAAGAAGCCUAUGAAGAAAGAACUACCAGUACCCACGCUGCCAAGCCCUUCUCCCUCAGCAGCAAUGUGCCCACCAUCAGAGAGCGAAGCAAGCAAUGAUGCAGGACCUAUGACCUCCUCACCUGUCCAGCAGCAGUCUCCAUUGGCCCCAAUCAGUGUUAAAGAAGGAGAGGAUGGAAGCCUGGAUAGGACAAAAGAGGAGGCUGAGACCAGUGUGAAUGGAGAUGAGCCUUCACAGUCAGAGUCCAUGGUCUCAUGUCAUGAUGGAAGCCUGUCCUCGCCCCAUGAUUUGCUGCCCAAUGAUUUGGGCUUGUCAGGCAAGAAGCCCUAUAUGGAGAAAGGGGGUGCAGCCUCUCUGAAGGAGAAUGUGUGUCAGGUGUGUGAGAAGACCGGGGAGCUACUUCUGUGUGAGGGCCAGUGCUGUGGAGCCUUCCAUGUCCAGUGCAUCGGCCUCACGGAAACCCCCAAAGGAAAGUUUGUCUGCAAGGAGUGUACCACAGGUGUGCACACCUGUUUCGUGUGCAAGACGGCGGGGCGGGACGUGAAGCGCUGCCAGAUCCCGGUGUGCGGGAAGUUCUACCACAUGGACUGCAUCCUGAAGCACAGCCCCACCGUUCCCCAGAUCCGCGGCUUCCGCUGCUCGCUGCACGUCUGCCUGGCCUGCUACAUCACCAACCCCACCAACCCCAGCAGCUCCAAAGGCCGCCUGACCCGUUGUGUUCGCUGUCCUGUGGCGUACCACGCCAACGACUACUGCAUGGCUGCUGGCUGCGUCCCGCUGGCCAAUAACAGCUUCCUGUGCCCCAACCACUUCUCGGCACGCAAGGGCUGUCGCAACCAUGAGCACAUCAAUGUCAGCUGGUGCUUCGUGUGCUCUGAGGGAGGUAGUCUGCUAUGCUGUGAAUCGUGUCCUGCUGCCUUCCACCGCGAGUGUCUGAACAUCGACAUGCCCAAGGGGAGCUGGUUCUGCAAUGAUUGCCGGGCCGGGAAGAAGCCCCACUUCAAGGACAUUCUGUGGGUCAAAGUGGGUCGGUACAGAUGGUGGCCGGCGGAGGUCAGUCAACCUCGGAAUGUUCCGGAAAACAUCCUGAAAAUGAGGCACGACGUGGGCGAGUUUCCUGUGCAUUUCUUCGGCUCCAAGGAUUACGUGUGGACGUAUCAGGCCCGGGUGUUCCCUUACAUGGAGGGCGACGCCAACAACAAGGAGAAGAUGGGAAAGGGUGCGGACGCCAUCUACAAGAAAGCUUUGCAGGAGGCAGCCGAAAGGUUCCGCGAGUUGCAGGCGGAGAAAGAGAUGAGGCAAUUGCAGGAGGACCGGAGGAAUGACAAGAAACCGCCUCCCUACAGACACAUAAAGGUGAACAGGCCCAUAGGUAAGGUCCAGAUCAUCACAGCUGACCUCUCCGAGAUCCCCCGCUGCAACUGCAAGGCCACGGACGAGAACCCGUGUGGCAUCGACUCGGAAUGCAUCAACCGCAUGCUGAUGUACGAGUGCAACCCGCAGGUGUGCGCGGCCAGCGAACGCUGCCAAAACCAGAGCUUCACCAAGAGACAGUAUUGCGAUGUGGAGAUCUUCCGCACGCUUUCUCGUGGAUGGGGCCUGCGCUGCGUAAACGACAUCAAGAAGGGGGCGUUUGUCAGCGAGUAUGUGGGUGAAGUGAUCGAUGAGGAGGAAUGCAGAGCUAGGAUCAAACAUGCCCAAGAAAACGACAUCUGCAACUUCUACAUGCUCACGUUGGACAAGGACCGAAUCAUCGACGCAGGACCCAAGGGGAACCAGGCCCGCUUCAUGAAUCAUUGUUGCCAGCCCAACUGUGAGACACAGAAGUGGACGGUUAAUGGUGAUACCAGAGUGGGCCUGUUUGCCUUAGAAGACGUCCCAAAGGGUGUGGAGCUCACCUUCAACUACAACCUUGAGUGUCUGGGGAAUGGGAAGACGGUGUGCAAAUGUGGAGCUCCAAACUGCAGUGGGUUUUUGGGAGUUCGACCAAAGAACCAGCUCCCAGGAGAGGAUAAGAAGAAGAAGAAGCUUCCAGUGAAACGUAAAAAUAAGCUGGAGGUGACCAAGGAGCGUGAGGAUGAAUGUUUCUACUGUGGGGACAGCGGUCAGAUCAUCUCCUGCAAAAAGCCUGGUUGUCCAAAAGUCUAUCACGCAGACUGCCUCAACCUCUCCAAGAGACCUGCAGGCCGAUGGGAGUGCCCGUGGCACCAGUGUGACGCGUGUGGGCAGGAGGCGGCGUCCUUCUGCGAGAUGUGCCCCAGCUCGUUCUGCGGCCAGCACCGCGAGGGCAUGCUCUUCAUCUCCAAGCUGGACGGCCGGCUCUCCUGCAGCGAGCACGACCCCUGUGGGCCCGACCCGCUUGAGCCCGGCGAGAUCCGCGGCGAGUUCAUACCGGACCUGGCCACCGCCCGGGCUAUCGCGGCCGGGCUGCCACUUCCCCUCCCGAUGCCAGCUGGGGCUGUUGCCUCCGCCUCCACGGCUGCCACCCUCCCCUGCCCGCUCAAGAUGGGCCAACCCGCCUUAACGCCCGCCACCUCCAAGCUCUUGCCUGGUCCUGCCAAGGGGGACCCCAUAGCCCAGUAUAGGACCCCUGGCAGGCCCUUCGUGACUCCUACAGCAGAUGGGGUGCUUGUGUCUCCCUCCGCUGGCUCGGUCCCUGCGAGCCCCAAAGAGGUGAAGGAAGAGGAGCCAGAGGAUGAGGGGGAGGUUAUCGAGGGCGUGGUAGAGGGGGACGAUGACGAAGAGGAGGAGGAAGAAGAAGAGGAGGAGGAGGAGGAGGAGGAAGAAGAAGAGGAGGAAGAGGAGGAGGAGGAGCUGGAGGUGAUCGAAGACGAGGAGGAGCAGGACUACGAGGAGGUAGGCUUUGAGGAUGGGGUGAUCGAGGAGGCAGCCGAGGACGAGGAAGAUGAGGAAGAGGAGGAGGAGGAGGAUUGUGAGGACCCCUUCGAGGAUGACUGGGAAGAGGGGGAGUGUGUGGAUGGGGACGGAGACGCAGACGGAGACGGAGACGUGGACGCGGACGCGUCUGCGGAUGAGGACUUCGAUGACUCGGCGGACCUUGGGGACGUGGAGAGGCUGGAGCAGAAGGAGUGGGAGCGAGUGAUGGGUGGAGAGAAGUGAACGCCUCCACUCCCCUCUCCCCUUUAACUCCGCCUCCACUCUCCUCUCCCCUUUAGCUGUCAGAUAUCCCCACUCCGCGACUGCAGGGGGAGGUGUGUGGGGGGGGGGGGGUGGUUGCUGUUCUUGAGGUCAAACUGCUGGGCAAAACGUUCCCUCAAUGUUCCCGGGGAGGCAGCCAGCCGAAGAAGAGAACGUGGAGCGAACACUUAUGGCGUGUCUGCGGACGAACGCACAAAGGUGUUUGUGUUUUUUUUUUGUUUUGUUUUUUUUUCAGCUGUUUUUGUUGUUGUUGUUGUUGUUGUUGUUGUUGUUUUUCAGGUCUACUGGUACCACCAUGCCUUCUCAACUCAAAUCCACUUGGAAAAUCCAGGCAAGGGAUUGGAACUGGUGCUAUAGGGCUGUGACUUCAGUUCUGACGUCCUUCAGUUGUUUUUUUUGUUCAUAGGUCUGGUGCUUUUUUCAUGUUUCACGUUUUUGUUUUGUUUUGUUUCCUUCUUCGAUCUGUUUACAUUCUCUCUUGAAGAACAACAGCGCAUUUUGAAAGGUGUCAUUGCAGGAAACACCCCACCGUAACACAAAAACGCACUGUUUUUAUUAUACACAAAAAUCAUUGGUGUUCAUUGAUACUACAUAAUCUCUCUUAUACAUCUAUACAGACGUGGCCAUUUAAAAAAAAAAAAAAAAGGUAUCUGUGAAUAAGCCCCACAUUUUGUACAUCAUGUUAAUAAGGAUUAUGGGUCACUGGGAUUUUUAAGAUUUUGAUUCCAGAAAUAUUGUAUUACUUGGUCAUAUUACCACCUGCCCCCUUCAGAAAUUGAGAAACUGUACCCUCCAUUGUGAACUGUGCGGUUGCACUUUAUUGUUGAAAUUCAGUGCUUUACCUAAAACACAAGGGAGGUGAGAACAUUCCAUGGCUUAAUGUCUCCCUGUUACCUCAGUUGCAUGCCUGUAGAUGGUUUAGGUUUUUCUUGUUUUUCUGUUAAUGAUCAUUAAUGAUCAUGGAUGUUUCACCGUUGCUCCAAACAGUAGUGCAAAAAGACGGAAGAUCAAGGUGGCAAGGCAUACAUGCUUUGACUAUUUUCAGUCACCAGAUGCCAUUGAGAAAGAGGGGAAAAAAACAUUUGAAAAACUAAAGUCGUUUAAAUAUUUACUUUUGAACCAUUGUUUUUAUCUAAAGAGUAGAUGAGCAGUGUGCUUUGUACCUGUUUAGGUUUGUAAACCCCCCCCCCCCCCCCUCUUGUCAGGAAUGUCUUGGUCUUCACUGAUAACUUGAUGCAGAUUCUUACCCUAUCUUCGAAAGUGUAACCUUUUAAAACCAAAGGUUGUGGUGUUUGGCCAAUGCCUAGCUCUAGACUUCAUGCAGAUGGAAUGGAGGAUGAGUUGACCUAAAAGAGCGUUCUAUUGCCAGACUCCAGCGCUUGUAUGUUUUCCUGUACUCACCAAAAGAAUGGGAACAUUUUAGAAGGUGCAAUUUACAUCCUUUGUAAAAUUGCUUUGAAUUUUUUUACCCUCAUGAAAAAAAAAGAGAAAAAUAGCUGCCAUUUGUAAAAUGAGCAUAAAAGGAGGAUUUUACUGCCUUGUUAUUUGACCCUUGGAUACCUGGUUUGUUUUAAAUUGGUCUUUUAAUGCACUAAAUAUUUAUAAUUUAAUGUAAUUAUUUGGAGGAGGUAAUUUGAUUGGAAUUACUAAUUUGCCUACACAAUUCUGUUCCCUGUAAAGUCUCGAAAUGGAGCCUUAAGAAUGUGGUUUACUUCAUCACUAUAAAGGUGUGACUUUUCUAAAAUAGUAUUUUAGUCAGUUUGAAAGGUGUGAUUGAGUUAUUGUGAGAGGGAUUUAUUCCCGUUAAGUAGAAUUUCAUUCUUGGUAUAUACAACUCCCCUAAUAUUAAACCUAGACAUCAAAGCACAGACAAUGGAACGACAUUGACCUUUUUUUUUUUUUUUUUGUCAAACUCUUUUUAAAAUCUUUUUUGAUCUUGUCAUUUCAAACAAUACCCUACUUAAGUGAGAAAUGAGAAAGGCUUAGUAUGUUUUUUUGUGAUUCACUUGGAAUGUUGUUUAAGCUAUCCAAAGUUGCUCUCCCAUGACAACUAUAUAGAACUGAAUAAUAAUAAUAAUAAUAAAAAACCUGAAGCAAUCUCUACACAUGUCUCAGAAUACCAUUAUGUGGAUGAUGAGCUUCUUGUAGUCCACAGUUUAAUAUAUCAAGAUUAAGUACAUUUUAAUAAGAGAAAUACAAAUAACUUUUAUUGAAGACCAAAUUUGCUCUGAUUUUGAUGAGGAUGACAUUUGUUAUUAUUAUUUUACCAAUAUCUCUCCAAGCCAGCAUACUCCAGCAGAACUUUUGUUGGGCGGGCCCAUCCGUGUUUAUUGAGGCAGUAACUUGUGCUUAUGUUCUACCCAGGGACAAGGAAUAUGUGGAAAGAGUUAUUCAUAACAGAUACGAUGCAAUACAAAAGAACAUUAGUGACUUUUUAUGCCUUUUGCUCUAUUCAAAAGUGAAUAAAAAAAUUAAACAAAAAGCUAAAGAACAAUUGGGAAAGACAUCAGCCAUGUGCUCCCCCCUCAGUUGACAUUUGAAAUAAACAUGUUUUGGGUUCCAGUCACUUAGGCCUACCUUAUGUUAUGUUUCUGAUGUGUUUUUCUUUUGCAAGUUUUGGGUGCCUAUGGGCCUUACAAUCAAUCCCUUCACUUUUUUGUUGUUGUUUUGGGUGAGCCUAAAACAAGUUAGUGUAGUUUUUUCUUUCAAGUAUCUUCCCACUGGCACCUCACCUGUCCUGAAAGCUCUCCUCCGUUUUGUCAUAUAUGAAAUAUGAACAAACUUUUUUUCUUUCCUACUUUUAUUGUCCCUUUAUAUUUAUGUAACUUGUAUUACUUUUUUCCUGCAGAUUUGUUUUGACCCUUCUUGUGUAUGUGAUACGUCAGCUGCUGUAUCUCAGCAUUCUUCUGCCCUUUCUCCUGAACGAAAGAAAAAAUGUUCUCAUUUUCUCCAGGGUUAUUUUGGGAGGGGAUGGGGGGAUUCGCUGCCAUGUGAGAAGACCCAUGAACUGAACUGAACUGUACUGUACUCCCCCUGUGUAUAAUAAAUAUUAUAAGUAAAGUUUUACAAUAGA